AUGGCGUAUCACCCUCAAUCCAAUGGUCAGUUUGAAAGGACCAUUCAAACUUUAAAAGAUAUGCUAAGGGCUUGUGUUCUAGAUCUAGGUGGAAAUUGGGAAUCAUAUCUACCUUUGGUGGAAUUUGCAUAUAUUAACAGUUUUCAGACGACUAUUGGACUAGCACCGAUUGUGGAAGCCAUUGAUAAGAUCCGUACUAGGAUAAAGGUCACACAAGAUAGACAAAAUAGUUAUGCAGGUACCAGAAGAAAAGACCUAGAAUUUGAAGUUGAAGAGAAAGUUUUUCUAAAAGUGGCACCAAUAAAGGGUGUACUUAGGAAAUACAUGCAUGAUCUUGAUCGCGGGGUCAAUUAUCAAUCUCUACAAGUACAGAAAGCUUUAUCUUAUAAGGAAUUAUUGAUUAAAAUACUGGAUCAAAAAGUACAUAAAUUAUGGGACAAGGAGAUUCCACUAGUCAAAGUACAAUUGAAUAAUCAUGGAAUAGAAGAAGCUAAUUGA